AGUAAACAGUAGUAAUAACGCUCUUUCUCUCUACAUAUAUCAUAUCACCUAUACAUGUAUAGUGAGAGACGCUCUUUCUCUCUGCAUAUAUCAUAUCACCUAUACAUAUGCAGUGAGAGAAAAAAAACUGUAGGGAAUCAUCUACCUGUAUAUAUAGCAGUAGAUUUAGAGAGAGAAAGUUCCCAAAAACAGAGAGAGAGGGAGAGAGAGAAUCCUGUGAGUCAUACGUGUAUGUAAGCUUGCGAACACCUGGCGAUCUCACAGCCCAAUUUCACAGAGCCUCAUUCACCACUCGGCUCAUCUCUGCUCGCCACGCUACGCCAAACUCUCUCUAUCUCUCUCUCAUCGUUACUGUUCACCAUUCAGGAGACACACAGCAUUGAACCACUUCACAAACCCAAAUCAAAAUUCUCUUAUUUCCUUUUUACUUUUUAUAAUAAUCCAAAUCCGGAGAAAUUCGAUCCUAUUUUUUUCCAUGUCGGUGUGCUCAUUCUUGAGUCUGCUGCGAUUCACCUGAUCGGUGCCGCUCAAACCCUAACCAGCUUUUUGGGUUGUUGAAGCUUUGGUGGAUUUGGUUAAAAGGAUCGCAGUCUUAGAGGUAGAGAGAGAAAGAGAGUUUAGGAGGAAGCUUUAGCUUUGAAGCUUUGUUUUUACGAGGAUUGAAGUUUAAAUUUGGGUUUGGAGUGAAAUUUGAUCAUUGUUUGAAGCUGAAGGCACACAUCUGAGUAGUCUAUAUAUAUGUGUGUGUGUGUUUGUGUGGCUGUGUAUAUACAGAGGAAUUUGAUUAGGGGUUUUGAAGAUUUGGAAGUUAAUUAUACAAAUAUAGAGUAGUUGAUCGACAUGGUUACCGGAAAUAUAUUUCAUUGUAGGAAGAAUUCUUGGCCACCAGAGGAAUAUAUCAGCCGAUCGACUUUACAGUUGCUUGAUUUUGAUAGUGCUGCCCCACCAGAACAAGCUUGGAGAAGGAGAUUAAACAGCCAUGCUACUAUUCUUAAAGAAUUUAGUGUUACAUUUAUGGAAGCAAUUAAAUUGGUUCGACUUGGUAUACGUAUGUGGUCCUAUGUAAGGGAAGAGGCUUCCCAUGGAAGGACAGCACCAAUUAAUCCUUUCAAUCGAGAGAGUUGCAAGCCAUCAGCAUCCCAAGGUGUCCCACUUGGAGGAAUGGGGAGUGGCAGCAUAUCAAGAGGUUUUAGAGGAGAGUUCAGGCAUUGGCAAAUUAUUCCCGGUACAUGUGACACUUCUCCUAUCAUGGCCAAUCAGUUCUCUAUUUUUAUAUCUCGAGACGAAGGGAAUAAAAAUUACGCUUCGGUUCUAGCCCCAGGCCAGCAUGAAGGGUUAGGGUAAGGGAAUUUACAUUUCAGUUGCACUUUUCUUAAGGAGAUCAUGAGCUUUGUUAAGUCCCAUAUUUAGAGAUGAUUGACAAAUG